AUGCAAGUGCAGAACGAAAUUGAAGAACUUCGUGCAGUUCAAAGAAAACAAGAACAUACCAUAUUGAGUAUAAAAGAUACUCUUAAUGAUUUAUUAUCUUCUGUAGAAUCCUUAACUAGUGAAAUCGGCUCAUUAAAAGUUUUAAGUUGGGCUGAAUCUGAG